AUGACGAUUUACGUGAUCACCGGUAUCUCUAGAGGCCUCGGGUACGAGCUCGCCCGCCAGCUUUCCAACGACCAUAGGAACACCGUUGUCGGAAUCGUGCGCGACAAGACUGCGACUAUCACCAAGAUUUCGCAGGAUGCGGAGCUCAACCGACGCUCCAACAUCCACGUUAUUGAAGCCGACUUGACCAACUACAACGCACUCAAAAAAGCCGUGAACGAAACUGCUAAGAUUACUGGCGGGAGCAUCGACUACCUUAUUGCCAACGCAGCAUACGUCUCGAAAUUCGAUACCUUUGACCCCAUGGGAGCCCUGGGCAAUACCCCCAAGGAGCUGGAAGAUGAUCUCAAGAUGCUCUUUGACGUCAACGUCGUGGCCAACAUUCACCUAUUUAACCUCUUCAUUCCCCUUAUUCUCAAAGGCAAAGAAAAGAAAGUCGUGGCUAUCUCCACUGGCCUUGCUGACCUGGAAUUCACCAACAACUUCGAGCAUGAGUUUACCCCGCUGUACUCCAUCAGCAAAGCCGCCAUGAACAUGGCGGUCGCCAAGUUUAACGCCCAGUACAAGAAGGAAGGUGUUUUGUUCAUGAGUGUAUGCCCCGGAAUGGUUGAUGUUGGCCAGUUCAAUCACGCGACCCCACAGCAGAUGGAGGCGAUGGGGGGUAUGAUGGCCAAGUUCAAAGAGUAUGCUCCGCAUUUCACUGGCCCAGCGACAGCGGAAGAUGCGGUCAAAGACAUGAGAGCAGUGUGGGAGAACGCGACUAUUGAGGGAGGUUAUGGCGGUGCCUAUCUUUCUCAAUUCGGAAACAAACAGUGGCUGUAA